CAAACAAACUCUGUUGCAGGCACGAAUCCAGUAUUUUCUAAUAUCCUCGUCUUUUGGAAAUCUAAAGUAUCUAAUUUCAGUGUUUGCAGUCUUCCUUUUAUCAUUAUAACACCAAUGCAUUGAACAAGAACUUGGCAUAAUAUAGGUCAAGCCUUAAGGACAUAAUUAUGUACACAUGAACGGCGCUAUAUUGACAGCAAGAGCGGGACAAGGUCAAAAAAGGGGGCUGGGCGCAGGUAAGGUCACGAUGCUCCUGCCCCCAAUGCGUGCUGGUAGACCCGUUUGACCUGGUAAUACUACAAUGAACUGUACGAAAGGAAAGCGUAUGAUUUGCGGUGGGGGAGGGGUGAUGUCGAGGGGUCCAUAGAAGUUCGAAGCCUUGGGGUCCCUGCUAUGAGUUAAUAAGGCACUGCCUAUGAGGCUACUCUACACACAACAUGCUGAUGUGCUCCUACAGGACUGCUAUAUAUACGCAUUCGUAACAAUAUGUUAAGAGACGUUCUUCCUUUGACACAGCGAAAUGGGGUUUAGUAAUCUUUUAUGUAAUGUAAUAAGUACAGAGGUUGGUGAACAAUGGCACUUUUUACAUCCUGAUGGGAGCAGAGUGUUGUGAGAGUCAUCACUGCAUCAGCAGGUAUCGCGUAGUGUUACAAGCUAUAACUACGCAUACAAUUACUGGGUGAUUAGAGUAAUCUGGGGACUCUGGUAAGUAUUGUUCAUGAUCUACUGGAUCAUAGUAUUGUCACAAUCUUUCCAGCACGAGGUGUAAAUAGGGAUCGUAGGUUAAGUUGGCAUCUCACGCUCCUUAAUAAUAAAUAUAGUCAACGAGUAAUCACAUCACUUUAAUUAUCUCAUUUGCAUUUCGGAACUCACAAAUCAUCAAUAUGACAGCUCGACUUAAUUCUUAAUUCAAACCUGUGUAUCUUACCCUAGGGGUGAUUAACUGGUAUUUAUUUGUAUUUUUUUUUCCGCGAAUGCAUUAUUUUGGUAACAUCUCGAUAGGUUAUCUGUCUGACGUCGGUGGUAAUGCAACAAGAUGAAUUAUUUACGCCCCCAGAAGAGCGAGGUUGAAUUUCCUUAUCCUGCAAUGAGAAAUGUGAUUCGUGUGUAUUUUUAUUUAUUUAUUUAUUUUAUUUUAUUAUUUUUGUUAAAUAUACCCAAAUAUUUAUUUGUGAACAAGAUGUGCAAAUGCAAACCUUUUCCUGCGUAAAUGCUUGCGGUAUUGGUCGUUGUUCUCUCUCUCUCUCUCUCUCUCUCUCUCUCUCUCUCUCUCUCUCUUAAAGAUUCUACUUACACCUUCGUUAUUUUCGCCUCGCCCUUGUUCUGCCCCCCCUCUCUGUUCUGUAAGUGCUUUCCUCCCUAUUUUCACCUCACCUCUGUUCUGUCCACCUCCCUCUUCUGUAAGUGACUUCAUCUGAGUUCUGGUCAUCUCUGUGUUCUAUAUGUAAAAUCUAAUGUUAACCAGUAUCUUUAUCGUCAUGCCUUUCAGUGGCAAAUUUUCAUUGGAACUCCGUUUGUUUUUUUUUGUUUUUUUUUUCUUCUCACUAUUUACUGUUUCAAAAGAGGAGUGUUAGAACAUCUCAAAAACUAAAUUGGUAAUUUUCUUUAAUGCUGUUUCUUUCUGAGAAGCUUUUUUUUUUUCUGUGCCCUUGGCUAGGCUCCUCAACAUGUAAAAAAAAUAAUAAAUGAAUAAAUAAUAAAUAAAUAAAAAGGAAGAAAAAAAAAAGCUUUAUUAUGCAAGUGAGUACGUUAGGAAAUGCACUGACAAAGAAUAAAUUCAGAGUAUAAUUAUAUAUAAGUCUUAGAUCUUGUAAUCUAUGAGGAUUUCAUUUUAUUUAGUCAGCACACCUGUCAGUUCAUUGUGUAAUGACAGAACAGACAAGGCCAGCCAAGUCUUAUUUAUCUCUUGAAUAGUAAAGAUGUUGGACUCUGUUGGUGUCCUUACCGAUUUGACUCCCGGCAAAAGCUUGAACAGUAAAGGUCUCUGUUGGUGUCCUUAUAGGUUUGAUUCCCACUAAAAACAUCUCACAGCCUGUUUAUCCAAGUGUGCUAACUUGACACUUCUGAACUGCUCUGUACACAUAUAUUUGAUUAAGCCUUAUUUAUCUGCAGGGUUUAAGAUCUGUCAUAAAGAGACAAUUUUUGUGGGAUUCUGAACUGAGCUAGAUGUGGGUUUUUUGCUGCCCAAACCCAACAUUAACAAGCUGUGAUAAUAUUCAGCCUAAUUGUCAUUAUCCUUAAAUAUAUCUCUUUAUUUCUUGUAAUGUAUCAUUACAUAUGAUUGACAAGUUUUCAAGAUUACAGGCCAUGAUGUAUGUAAUGCAGCACACCUGGAGGGCUGCAUGCUGCCCAGUGCUCCCCAUUUCUUGCUUGGCCGUUGCAAGAAUGGGAGCACAUCAAAUGGCAGAAGCUGUACAGCACAAGAAAACUGUUCCCAAGUCAGUUAAAGAAAUUCCAGGCCCUCCCACCUUCCCUGUGAUUGGGUGCAUACCAAGCUUAUUUAUCUCAGGAAUGUCCUAUCCUAUGAAGUUAAUUCACAAGAUGUUUGUGGACUUGGCAAAGAAGUAUGGACCCAUAGUGAGAUUAGAGAACCCACAGUACUCACCUAUGGUCAUGGUGACUGACCCCAGCCACAUAGAGGCAAUGAUCAGAGGAACCAUGGACAACCCAUUACGAUAUGGCUUCUUCUCACUCAAGAAAAUCAGAUAUGAAGCAAUAGACAACUACUUUGAGGGAAAAGCAGGUCUUCUAAUUGAGAAUGGGGAGGAGUGGUGGCGUGUGCGAAGUCGGGUCCAGACUCCUAUGAUGAGGCCUAAGAAUGUGAGUUCUUAUUUGCCUGAGGUGGAUCAAGUCACCCUUACCUUUGUGGAAAGGAUGGCCUCACUUCAGAAGCAGCACGGUGAGAUGCCCAAAGACUUUCAGACUGAGUUGUACAAGUGGGCUCUAGAGUGUGUGGGGCUGGUGGCUCUCAACCGUCGCCUUGGAUGCCUGGUGUCUGAUUUACAGGAAGACUCUGAACCCAUGAAACUCAUCAACCUGGUAAAUGAUCUCUUCAGUUGCUUGCAUCUGAAUGAGUUUGGUUUACACUUAUGGCGCUUCUUUCCCACCAAAACCUACAGAACGCUGAGAGAAAAGCACAAUGAGUUUUUAAGACUUGCAGACAGCAACAUUCGUGAGACUGAAGCAUUGCUGUUGGCUAUGGGUACGGAGGAUCAAGAAAUCACCUUACUGGAGAGGUUGCUUAUGGUGCCUGGUCUCACUCGCAAGGAUGUUGUAACCUUCAUCCUUGACAUGCUAUUUGCUGGCAUAGACACAACUUCCCACACCAUGGCAUUCACUUUGUACCUUCUGGCACGCAAUCCUGAGGUGCAGGCAAAGCUGCAGCAGGAAGUGGACAGUGUGGUGGGUGAGCACAAUGGGCCACUCACUGUGCACCAUCUGGCUCAAUUUUCUUAUAUGAAGGCAGUCAUCAAGGAAGCAUUCAGGGUCUUCCCUCUUGUGAUUGGCACCACCCGCAGUCUAGACAAAGACCUAAUCCUUGGUGAUUACUUGAUUCCUAAAGGUUGGGCUGUGUUUGGCAUCAACAUGUUGACAGGAUGGGAUGAAGCAUACUUCCCAAGGGCUAAGGAAUUUGUGCCUGAACGCUGGUUGAGACAUAAGCCUCUAGGUCCCAUUCACCCCUAUGCUGUCCUGCCCUUCGGAGCUGGUACAAGAAUGUGCAUUGGCAGGCGCUUAGCUGAGCAGGAGAUGCAUGUCUUCCUUGCAAGGGUGAUGCAGCGGUUCACUGUUGAUUACAAGUAUGAGGACAUAGAAGGUCACACCAGCAUGGUAUUUGUUCCAUCACAACCACUAAGAUUCAAUCUCACUGAGCGGUCCUGAUCAGCUUAUGUGUGGUAUCAAGAGAGGACUGGGAGCUUUGAUAAAACAAAAUAAAGUUGAUGUUGAGGACCAAAGAGUGGCCUGUGCAGGGUCACUAUAAUGCUUGAAACCUUAGAAUCACAAAGGAGUGGAAGCAAGGAAGUAAGGAAAGGCAACACUACUGUCAGAAAUAUUAUUCCAACAGGGAAUUCAAUAGUGAUGAGUAUUAGUUCAGUUCAAAUGUAAAAAUCCACCCUAAUGAGUGGAUGAACCAAUAAGAUCUGGAUUGAGCAGAUUCACAUUCCUGGAGCAAACCAUUAUCAAUCUGCCUGGUAAGUGGGGAGUUAGUCGCAUUCAAGAAGGAGCUGGAUAUAUAUACGCUGCUCUCUCAGUCAAGUUAGACUCAAACUAUCAUUCAGUGUAGCUCAAUGCUUCUCCUCUUCAACUCGGCUCACUACCACUUCUGGCAGACAUUCCACACCAAACUCCAGCUGAGUACUCUGUUUAGUCACAGGCUUGUGCACUGAUAGGUACUUAGCUUCCUGUGUGCCUGCCUAAACAAAGGUAAUACUUUUAAGCUGGCACUGGCCUUUUUAUGCCAGUUAGCCACACCAGUCUUUUGUUAUAAGUAUCCUAACUGACAACUGUUAAGUCAUGCCCUCUUUAUCUUGAUAUAAUGAACUGCAGCAAGGUUCUGUUUUUACUGUCCUGUUUUCAUUAUUUUCACUGUUAGCUAUGAAAUUUAUGUAUCAGCAGUUAGCUAAAAGCUUAGUGAUGACAGUCAUAAAAAGGAAAACCAGAAAAAUAUAAUGAUAAUAUGGUAAUUACAGUAGUGUGACACAUAUUUGUCUCUGCAUGCAUUGAGCCAUUUUCUUAAAAUCCUAUGAUUUUUUUUUAGAAAACUGUGAAGAGACACAUACUUCCUUCUGUUUUUUCUCUGAAUGCUACUUUACCCAGUAUCUCAGUGUACUAUUGUAAAAGGGAUAUACUGGGUCACAGCACACACACACACACACACACACACACACACACACACACACACACACACACACACACACACACACACACACACACAUACACACACACACACACACACACACACACACACAAAUUGAGUAGCAUGACAAAAGGACAGAGCUGAAAGUGGUGUCACUGAAUUAUAUCACUCACCUUAGCCACUGAAAAUACUUUUUGAGAUGGCAGUGAUGGUUUGAUAGAUAACUUUCUAUUGUUUACUUGAUAUUGUUAUCAUUAUCAGAAGUUUAGCAAAAAUUUAACUCUUCUACUUAUGGUAACAAAGAAUGUCAUGCCAUUAACAACUAUCAGAAUAACUUAGGGAAAAAAGACCUAUCUACUUCAGCAGACUAAACUGAAAUGGUGCUUCUUAUACAUAUAUAUAUUUAACUUGCUUGUUUGUGGAUGGAGAAUGUAUUUGUUAUGUCUUGCUGAAUGAUUGUAAAGUCACAGUGCAUGUGCCACAAUGGUGUCAUGGUUAUAGAGUCAUGUUGACCAUCACAUUCACUUUUCCAUCCCACUGUCAUACUGACAAUACCUUGCCUCUUGUGAACAACACCAACAUUGCUGGUGUUCAUUUAACUGCACCUUCCCAUGCAGCUGUGUCACUGCAUUCCAGCACAAUAAAUUGUGCAAAUUAGCAAGACUCUUUUAAAUUUAUAGUUAACAAUUUGGUGUUUAUAUACUGCUACUGAUUUUUUAUAUCAACAAGAUACAAAUAGCUGUUUAGGCUAUGUGUAUAAGGAAAUCUGUGGAUGAAAUGAUUCACACGUACAAGCACAACAGAACUAUACUACAAGUAACAGGAAUAAACUUUGAGUACCUCUGCAUAGCCUCACAGUUUUCCAACACUCCCUUUCAUGUGCUGGUCCAAAUAUCUGGAAUUCCAUUCUUGAACAUGAAUUUAAAAAACAGUACAAAACUACAUAAUUUCUUGUUGAACUUAUAUUUAAUUUUUCCCACUGUUUUCUUCCUUUUUUAGGGUUCAAAUUAUAAAUAAGUUUUGUUAAAUUAAAAUUAGGCAUAUUUUAUCAUUAACUGGUAUUUAAUGUGUAUAUAAAAUUAUAUGAUUAUUAAUUACCAUAUAUUUUAUAUUAUGUAUUGCUACUAAUAUAUAGUAUUUUAUUUAUUUUAUUUAUUUAUUAUUAUUAUUUUUUUUUUUUUUGCAUGAUUGCACUAAAUGCUGCCCAAAAAGCAUUGCUUCAAAAUGGGCUACUUAUGUUUACCUAUACUGUUAAGUACCAAAUGUGUUUUCUUUUGUUUUGUAUAGGUAUAAUAAAGUGUUUUAAGUGUUACAUUAUAUGUGAUAGACAAUGGUUUAUAAAGUAGCCACACAAACAGAGGAUGCAAGGCAUGGGUAUGACCAUCCAAUUAUAUGUGCCACUGCAUUAGUGUGACAUGUAAUAAAAGAAGCAUGGAUUUUAGGAUGAGGCACUUGCAUUAGCUGUCCAUUAUAAAGUAGCAGUAUGUGAUUGAUGUCAGGACAAGGCAGGCCUCCUGAGUGAGAGAACAGUUUGCUACUCCAGUAGAUAUAUAGCUAGAUUUUAUUUCUUGACAUGCUAGAAGAAAGGUGUAGGUGAAGAUCUAAGAAGCCCAUAUUCUUAGGUUUCCUUAGUAAUAAUAAUAAUAAUAAUGAUCUUAUUUUUUUCAAUUUUGAGGUUGUUGGCCUUGUCAGGGCUGGAAUGAUAUUGAUAUGGACAAAUAGACAGACAGAUCUAUUUUUCCUAGUUUUAUUUGUACUUGGUGAAUGUUGUUCUACAGUUCUUAGUUGCUGUUAAGGGUUUGUCUUGUAGUGUGAGGACUUAGUACGAGUAUAUUAUGACUGCUGGUGUGUAGGCAACUGUACUGGAUGAUUUUAAAAAUAUUCUCUAAUAAAAAUCAAAAGAAAA